GAUAGAUAUAGACGGCUGCUUCAUGGUGGUGGUGGGAGACUCCUGCUGGCGCUCGGUCGUGCGUGCCGGCCACCCGCCACACACUGGACACAUACGUGCGCAUGUGCGGGCCUUCACUCGCUAGAUAGAGACCAAUGCUUCGCUAUCUACUUCUGGUGCUCCUGGUGGUGGCGGCGCUGUCGAUGAGAUAGAGUGAGCACGGCAUGUUGCCCCACAUAUGCAUGCGCGCAUACAUGUACGCACGCACGUGUCCACCCGCAUAUCUACCUAGCAAGUAGGCAGCAGCAGCAGCCGGGCGGCGGCUGCCUGCUAGCUAGCCCACGUGUGUAUCUAGCUGUGUGCCACAGCAGAGUCUGGCUCGCUCCGAGCCCAAGAUCGCUGUUUGAUGAGGUGCCUUCCACUUGCGGCGGGAUGGAUUGGCGCGGCGACUUUUAUGGCAUGGCCCGCCGCCGCCGCACGUGCCGGCUUACACUUGUUGGCGCUUGCUUAUACUUGCGAUCGUUGGCGCACAUGCGUAUGUAUGCGUGCGUGCACCCGGCUUGAGUACUUGCAACGUGCCUGUCUCUAACAACGUGCGAUCCACCAAUCUAUCGAACUUGAAUAAUGACGCUGAUCUAUCAUUGCGAACCGCUAAAUAAACGGUCAAGGAGUAGGUAGGUAGACACGUGCUGCAACACGUGAACAUUAGGAGGUGCUGCAAGUGAUCGCGUAUGUAUGCACGCACGCGCAGCAGCAGUGUUGAUGCACGCAUGCAUGGCGCCCGCUACCAGGAUGAUGGGCAUGCAUGCAUGCGUGGAUGCGUGCUGCUCGCUGCCUCAAAAGCAAAGCGAACAAUUAGCCAAUGAAUUGCGGAGAUUCCUGAUGAGCUGCAUUGAACGGUUGAGGAUUGCUACAAGGUUGUUGGGAGGAAUGUAUGAUGCGUCCAGCAGCCAUCACGGAAUGAGAUUAGUCAGCGGGCUGCUGUGCGCGCUCGCGUGUUGUAUGGCACAUAUUUCAAAUUUCAGAGGUGAUGGAACAACCUCCGAAUUACUCGAGCAGAGCUGCGAGCGCGAAAUUGGAUUCGUUGGCCGAAAGUGAUAUGGCAGCAGUAACGUAGCUCUGAGGCCAGCUCAUCAUGAGGUGUCAAUUUGGGGCGGCGGCUGACCGCCACAACCAAGGUGCUCGUGCGUAAUGAUAAGUUACGGGGGUUGAAAGAAGCAAACGAGUGCGUGGUUGGAUUUCUGAGGUCAAGAGGGCUUACUUAUGGCACUGGCUACGUGCAUGUGUGGCGUCAGCCGUUGCUUUACGAAGUCAAACAAAAAGAUGUUGCUGAAGCCAUCCAUUCGAGCUAUGAACGUUGGAAACAUUAUUGGCUGGGCGGGCGUGCAUGGCACGCAGGCAUGCUACAAGCUAACUAACCACUUCCACUCAUGAUACUGCUGUUCGCGAUUGCGUCAACCAUCACUCCCCACGUGACGCAGUCAAGUGGGGAGUAGUAGUGGGGGCCGAGCGCCUGGGGGUCCACUGGGUCACGAUGUAUGUCAAGAAUGCCAAAUUAUUAAGUAGGGUAGUUGGGUGUCUUGGACAACGUUUGUAAGUAAGUGGGAUGGCGUUUUUUCUGCUGGUUGUGUAUGGCUGCUGUGAGGCAUUCUUGAGCAAGUGCCAGUUAUUAUGCAAUCCUGCUGGCAAACAGAAGUGCGCACCUUUCAUCGCAUCAGCAGACUGAGGGAUAAAAAUGAUGCUGCAAGGCAAGCUAACUGAGCUUAGUGAGCGAUCGAGUGCCGGGACGUACGGCGCGGCGGCAUAAAGUGCGUUCCAGCCGCCUUGAUUGGGUGUUGCCUGCUGUUGGCGUAUUGGAUGCAGCCUGCCGUGCUGACAUGCGCACAAGGCUGCUCCUGCAUUGAUUGUCGAUUGGCAGUUGCAUGUGGAUCCGCAGCACUAACCGGCAGCGAGCGGCAUCCGGGUCCGCAGCACUUACAUGCAUGCUGGUGUUGCAGGGACGGGAAGGAAGAAGUGUUGGCUGGCUUAACGGAUGCAAGCAAGCGGUUCAUUUAGUUGAAAGCACGCACGUACGUGCUAAAUAAAGGAAUUCUGCCAUCAAUGAGCUCACAUAAUAUAAACAAGUAAGGUUAGAGUCGGUGAAACGGAGACAAUGCAUGCAUGCAUGACAUUUUGACAGUGGUGAGUGGUGGCCGCGCAGAGUGUUUCGCUUGCUUGUGCGUGGCCUUGAUUAAACAAACCUUGCUUGCUGGCGUGCGUGCGUGGCCUUGAUUAAACACACCUUGAGAGAGUGCAAGUUGCUUUGGUUGGUUGUAGCCUGGCUGGGUUGCGUUCGGUUGUGGCGCGCGAACACGGCUUACGAACCGUCAUUUCAUACCCGUAACUUGAUAGAUAGCUGGGUAGGCAGCAGUACAUGCGGUAUGGGUCCAGCGAUGCACGGCUGGGCAGGUCUACCGGUUGGGUUUGCAACAGGUACGGGUUUAAGCUGCUGUUGCUGUUGCCGCAGCAUGUCUGCUGCUGGGUUGGGAUGAGUCGGCUGCUGCUUUGCUCGGGGCAGGGGCGAAGAGUCAGGGGCGGCGUGGCGGGUUUGGCUCUUGCGUGCAGGUGGGGGCACUUACCGGGUAGGCAGGGUAAGGCCGGGCGCGCGGGGCAGCAGCAGCAGGUUUGGGGGCAGUGCGUGGUGUACGGACGCGGGUAACUUUUGGGGUCGGGGGCAUGGUGUUUGUUGGGGAUGCGGAGGUCAUUUCUUAACGCGGCUGAGAGGUCUUGGCUUCGGCUCACUGUGCGUAGCCCCAGCACUACAUGCAUGGUGUUGCGUAGCGGUGGGGCUCGGGCGGGCCUCGGCUGGACUGGACUCAUGUGCGUGCGUGAUGCUGGGAAGGGCGGCGGCCACCCACAGGAGGGAUGGUGGUCUCUUAGAGGCUGGGGCUGGGGCGUUGGGCGGGAAAAUGGUCCCUCACUGGCGGACUGGCCCCUGGCUGUGAUGUCCAAUUUUGUAAGGGUGGCGGCGGGAGACAGCAGGCAUGUGCCGUAACUAUUUGUUGCAUGCCGAAUUAGGGACCUUGCUGGUACUCCAGCAGGAGGGGCCGUACGCGCUGCGUGAAACCGUGAAGCAGAAGGGGAGUUUAUCAGUCAGGGCCCCUGGGACCUGGCUGGUAAGUGUAGGUCCGGGCGCCCAGCACGCCUGGCGGUUGGGGGACCCGGUGGGGGUAUUGUAGGGUAGUACCGUAUUGUUGCAGGGCCGUUGGGGUCACGAUGUCCGCGCCAGGUAGGGUUAUCAGGUAGGGCGUCGUUGGUUGACUGGCAACUUUAAACAAGGGCAAGUAGCUGUGUUUGCGCAAAGGAAGGGAGGUGCAUGGAUGGAGCCGCAUGCGUACGCCGGCAGUGGCCUGCUGUCUGGCCGGCGGGGGCGUGUGACCUUGUGGUCCCUCCGUUACCUUCCGUGCCCUAUCUACCUACAUAUCUACGUGCAGUCUUCCGUACAGUUUGAGUGUCCGCCAGGCCGGCCACUAUGCCGAUGUAAUAAGCUGCUUGC